AUGGCAAGCCAAAACGGUAACGGGCCUACGACAUCUUUACCACCAGAGGCAAUUGCUUUUGCUGGUCGUAUGUUUGACGCCGCCAGGUCAGGCAACAAGGAAAUAUUCGAGCAAGCUUUGCCGGCUGGGUUGCCCGCCAAUUUGACAAACGACAAGGGCGAUACUCUGCUCAUGCUUGCGGCAUACCAUGGCCAUGCCGACUUGGUCAGGUUACUUGUCCAGCAUGGCGCAGAUCCGAACCGGAUAAAUGACCGUGGCCAGAGUCCUCUUGCUGGUGCUGUCUUUAAGAAGGAGCCCGAUGUAAUAGAUGCUUUGUUGGAGGGAGGGGCUGAUCCGUACCACGGCUCGCCAACAGCCAUGGAGUGCAUAGCCAUGUUCAAACAAGAAGACGAAUAUAGGGAAAAGUUUGAAAAUGCCCCUGGAAAAGGGAGGGCAUCAGCGGCAACAUGA